AUGGAAAGCGGCCGUCAUUCUUCGGCCGCCAUGGAGGAACCAAAAACACCCACGAGAAAGAAAGGUGGCUGGAAAUCCAUCAAAUACAUUCUUGGUAACGAGUCGUUUGAAAAACUGGCAUCGAUUAGUUUGAUUAUGAACAUGACAGUUUAUUUACGAUCAAAUUACAACAUGAAUGGCAUUUUCCUUAUAAAUGUGGUUACCAUUUGGAUGGGUACCUCUAAUCUUUCAACGUUGGCCGGUGCUUUCAUCUCCGACGCCUAUAUCGGCAGAUUCCUCACUCUUUUUCUCGGAUCCAUAGUGUCUCUUUUGGGUAUGGGUAUGAUGACGUUGACUGCAGGUGUGCCGCAUCUAAGACCACCUAAGUGCACCGACGGGAUUAACUGCGUGCAGCCGGAAAACUGGCAGCUAGCGUUUCUCUUCGCUGGACUCGGCCUCUUAGCCCUAGGAGCCGGCGGUUUAAGGCCGUGUGGUAUUGCUUUUGGCGCCGAUCAGUUUGACACCACCACCUCUAAAGGAAAGAAACAGCUUGAAAGCUUCUUCAAUCUGUGGUACUUAUCAUUCACUUUAGCUCUCCUCCUAGCUCUCACCGGAGUUGUCUACAUCCAAACGAACAUCAGCUGGGUGAUCGGAUUUGCAGUUCCGACAGCCUGCUUGUUGUCCUCCUUCAUCAUUUUCUUGAUCGGCCGGCAUACUUACGUCAUGAAGAAACCAGUUGGGAGUGUUUUAUCUGAUAUCGUCAAAGUGAUUGUUGCUUCAAUACGGAAACGUAAAAUACCAUAUGAUGAUGAAUUAAGAUACUCGUGGUAUCAAGAAGAAUCGGGGUCAAAAGAACAUAAUCUUGCACGAACCCAAAGAUUCAAAUGCUUAGAUAAAGCAGCCAUGAUCGUUGACUCGAGUGAAUUGAAUUCUACUGGAGUGGCUAAAAAUAAGUGGAGAUUGUGCAACGUACAACAAGUGGAGAACUUGAAAUGUGUCGUUGGAAUCUUGCCCAUUUGGGUGUCGGGUAUCGGGUGUAUGCUUGUGAAUGAUCAACAAACCACAUUUGGGAUCCUGCAAGCCAUCCAAAUGAACAGAACAAUCGGAUCCAAGUUCAUGAUCCCACCGGGUUGGAUGACUGAGAUCUCGAUGAUCACUUUAUCAAUAUGGAUCUUCGUUUACGAAGGGAUUUAUAUCCCUAAACUUACCAAGUUCUUCAAAAGGGAUGCAAGAUUAACAAUGGCCAUGAGAUUUCGUAUUGGGAUCAUUAUGUCGAUUCUUUGUAUGGUAACAGCCGGGAUAAUAGAAAGAAAACGCCGUGAUUCAGCCUUAAACAGCAAGACCUACGUUGCACCACUACAUAUAUCGUGGUUGAUCCCUCAGUUAGUUCUUUCGGGAUUGAUGGAAGCGUUUGAUAAUGUGGCGAUGAUGGAGUUUUUCACCACUCGUAUGCCGGAAAGUAUGAGGACUAUCGCGGGUGCCAUCUUUUUCAUCACUUUAUCGAUCUCCAGCUAUUUAAAUACGCUGAUCGUUAAUAUAAUCCACAAACUAACAGGGAUGAACGGAAGAACACCAUGGUUAGGUAGUCAUGAUCUUAACAACAACAGGCUAGAUUAUUACUACUAUAUUAUUGCUGGUUUUGGAGUUUUGAAUUUGAUUUAUUUCACAUUCGUUGGUUCCAAACAUGUGGCUCCGGCGAAAGUAAUUGGGGUGGAGGAAGAGCUGCCGCAGGUUGAAGACGGUGGCCGUGGCAAGAAUGCUCUCGGGGGCUACCACGAAGUAUGA